AUGUCUGAACCCGCAGUAGCCUUCCCUCCCCCCCGCACCACAGCGCAAACUAUCCCCCGCGACUCUGUCUUGUCCGACAUCUCGUCGCCAGACCUCCUGCUUGUGGAUGUGCGACGUACGGAUUACGAGGGCGGGACUAUAGCGGGCAGCAUCAAUCUGCCUGCGCAGAGUUUCUGCAUGAAUAGAGCUGUGCUGUAUGGGUUGUGCGAGCGGGCUGGUGUGAAGCGGGUUGCGUUUUAUUGCGGAUCUUCUUCUGGUCGGGGGCCGCGGUGCGCGGGCUGGUUUGCGGAUUACAUUGCUGAGAAGGGGGGCGAGGGAGUGCAGGCGUUGACGCUGGAGGGUGGAAUCAAGGGGUGGAUUAAAGCGGGAGAACCAUAUACACAACACGUGGAUGGUUUUGAGCCGGAGUAUUGGAAGCAGUUUGAGUAG